GAGCUACAGAAUUUUGCCUCCAAGCACCCCAACCUGGUCAUCAUCCCACUCGAUGUCAGCGACCCCGCCAGUGUCAAGGCGGCUGCAGACAGAGUCGGGGAGCAGCUGGGGGGCUCGGGGCUGAACCUCCUCAUCAACAACGCUGGAAUUGCAAAACCGAACUCCCUUGAUAAUGAGACACCGGAGAACAUGUCCCAGACUUACACCACCAACACUAUUGGGCCUCUGCUGCUGGGACAGGCGUUCCUGCCCCUGCUGAAGAAGGCUGCCCAAGGGAGCCCGGGCUCAGUGCUGAGCUGCAGCAAGGCAGCCAUCAUCAACAUGUCCAGCUACGCAGGCUCCAUUAAGGACGUCUAUUUAUGGGAUUAUGGACAAGUUGUCUCAUACCGCUGCAGCAAG